AUGGAGAAGAAGUUAAGGAUAAAGAAGAAAGUAUGGAUUGGGAAGAAGUUUGGAAUAGAGAAGAAUUUACUAAGUAUGGAGAAGAAAUUAAGGAAGAAGAAGUUAAGGAAGGAGAAGAACUUUCGGAUGGGAUGGGAUAGGAUAGGAGAUUAUAUAGUUAAGGAUGGAGAAGAAACUUGGGAUGAUGGAGAACAAGUUAGGGAAGGAGAAGAAGAAGUUAAGGAUGGAGAAGUAGUUUGGGAUGGGGAAGAAGUGAAGGAAGGAGAAGCAGUUAAGGAAGAAGAAGAAGAAGUUUUGGAUGGAGAAGAAGUUAAGGGUAAAGAAGAAAGUAUGGAUGGGGAAGAAGUUUGGGAUGGAGAAGAAGCUAAGGAUGGAGAAGAAGUUUGGGAUGGAGGAGAAGUUUGGAAUGGAGGAGAAGAACCGAAGUAUGGAGAAGAAGUUAAGGAAGAAGAAGUUUAG